AUGAGCUCCCGUGUGGGAGCCACUGGUGUAUAUGGCUCGAGCAGAGUUGGGGAAAAUGGAACUGACGAUGCCGGUGAAGAGGACAGUAACCGUGAGACUGACACCCUACACUUGAGGAUAGGGAAGCCUCGGCGGAGGAAUGCAAAUCCAGUGGGAGAAGGAAGGACGAUCAGUGUGGAGCAGCUGGUGAGACCUGCCCUACCUGGGAGGAAAGCACACAGAAAGACCUGCAGUGAGGACAACAGAAGAAGAUGGACAGAGGGAAACCAAGACAGAGAUGAAGAAAGACAGAGAGUUGAACAUGUAGGAGGCAGGGAGAACGGCAGGGAAAGAGGAAAACAUAGACCCAGAAAGACUGAGAGAACUGAGACACAUGGAGAUGGAGCCCGGGACAGAGAGGGAGGAGGCAGUAUGGACAGUUUGUCUAGCAGUAAUUCUGAUAACCAUUUAAAUAGUACAGUGGAAACUGCAGGGGGAUCAAACAACUUGCAGAGAGGACAUUUGUGUCCUAGACCUCACAGCACUGUCUGCUCCCGGAUCAGUGCUGCCAAUUUAAAUCCCCAGCCCCCUCGACCAGCUCUCAUCCAGAGAUCCAGAUCCAUUCUGGGUAGAAGUGAGGUAUUUAUCUGUUGUUUUUUUAUUUUGUCAGCCAACACUAUCUCUGACGGUGAUAAAGAGUCAGAGUGUGAUGACGAUGGCCUGAGCCCAGAGGACUCCAGAAAGGAAAUAAUGGUGGGAACACAGUACCAAGCAGAUGUUCCUUCUUGCCUCUGUCACUACAAAGAUGGGGAGAAAGUGUAUGAAGAUGAAGAUGAGUUAUUAUGGAGCCCAGGUACAUUACCAGAAAACAAGGUCAGGAGUUUUCUGUCUGAAGUGUUGUCACGGACAACAGAUGAAAAGACAGGAUGUGACAAACCAGGGAUGCACGUCCGAGACAAUGAGCAGGCUUUGCAUGAGCUUGUCAAAUGCAACUACAACACCCGUGAAGCACUAGAGAGAUACUGCAGCCGCAUAAAAUCCUCAAAAGAAAAAUCGCCCCAGUGGUCCGAGGAGGAAUGCAAGAACUUUGAACACGCACUACAGAUGUAUGACAAGAACUUUCACCUCAUACAGAAACACAAGGUCACAACGCGAACUGUAGCAGAAUGUGUGGCUUUUUACUACAUGUGGAAAAAGUCGGAGCGCUUUGACUUCUUCGUGCAGCAGAAUCGGUUCGGGAAGAAAAAGUACAGCAGCUAUCCUGGUGUAACUGACCUGAUGGACAGGCUGGUGGAUGAAGCAGAGGGACUGGCAGUGGACAGUUCUUCCUCUGUGUGCUCAGGAGCAGGUGGAGGAGGACGGCUGGAGACCACCACAGACCAACAGCUCAGCCUGCUUAACUCCAUCACUGCCAGCGAUCUCACAGCUUUGAGUAACAGCGUAGCUACGGUGUGCAGCCCUGCAGAGGUCAGUUGCCUGGACUCCUACAGCUUUCCUCCCCUGGAAAGCCUCCAUCGCGGGUCCUUGAAUCACGAGGAAUCCCUCGGGUUCCCUUCCAACGGUGCGGACCCUGACUGCCUAAACAUGCUCGACGCAGGCUUCUACCACUCGGACCUGGGCCAGCUAGGAGGAGUCUGUGUCAACAAGGACUGUGAGCGGCCUUCAAAGAGACUCAAGAUGGCACUGCCUGACUCCUUUAUCAACGACGUCUCCGUAGGUAACCUCGGAGUGGACUUUGAAGCGCGGCGGAAAACGACGCACCACCACCGAAUCACCGGCGCCAAAAUGGCAGUGUCUGUCACAGACUUUGGGAGCUUGGCUGGCAGCGGUGAGCCCAACGGGUUUCUGGGAGGACAUGCGCGGCACCACACACAGCACACUGCAGCACUUCAGUCAGAGUGAUCUUCCUCAUCUUCUUCUUCUUCCCUUUUGAAACCCCUUUUCCUGCUUGUACAUAAGACUGACCUCACUGGAGAAUCCAAUUUGUUUAAAUUCUAUUA